CGAGAAACCAACCUUAUUCUUGUGUAAGCCGUCCCUACUUUUAGAAGCUGCUUCCGACUUUAAACUCCUUCCCGGGCCAGAUCAUUUCAAGAUGGGCAUUCACGGCCUCACAAAGUUGCUAAGCGAUAACGCGCCAGGAUGCAUCAAAGAAACAAAAUUUGAAAACCUUUUCGGACGCAAGGUGGCAGUCGAUGCAAGUAUGCAUAUCUACCAAUUCAUGGUCGUCGUGGGCCGGCAGGGCGACCAGCUGCUGACCAACGAAGCCGGCGACGUUACCAGCCAUCUACAAGGGAUGUUCUUCCGAACAGCCAAGAUGUUGGAGGCGGGCAUUAAGCCUGUUUACGUUUUUGAUGGCAAGCCACCGCAGCUGAAGAAGGACCAGCUUGCUAUGCGCACGGAGCGCAGGACUGACGCCAACGCCGAGCUCGAGAAGGCUAAGGAGUCGGGCGACGCGGAGGCCAUCGAGAAGUACAGCAAGCGCUCCGUGCGUGUCACCAAGGAGCACAACGAGGAGUGCAAGCGGCUGCUGCGGCUGAUGGGCGUGCCGGUGGUGGAGGCGCCCUCGGAGGCGGAGGCGCAGUGCGCGGAGAUGGCCAAGUCGGGGCUGGUGUACGGCCUAGCCACGGAGGACAUGGACGCACUCACGUUUGGUGCGCCGCGUGUCAUCCGCCACCUCAUGGCACCCAGCAGCUCAAACGUCCCGGUUCAGGAGAUCGACCGGGCUGUGGCGCUGCAGGAGCUGGGGCUCACGGACGACGAGUUCAUCGACCUGUGCAUCCUCAUGGGCUGCGACUACUGCGGCACCAUCCGGGGCAUCGGGGCGGUGAGGGCGCUGCAGAUGAUCAAGAAGCACGGCAGCAUCGAGGCGCUGCUGGCGGAGCUGGACACCACCAAGUACCCGGUUCCGGAGCCCUUCCCGCACAAGGAGAGCCACGAGUUCUUCAAAAAUCCCGAGGUCACCCCGGCAGCCGAGAUACCGACACUCAAGUGGAGCGACCCAGAUGAGGAGGGGCUGGUGCAGUUCCUGGUGGGCGAGAAGAGCUUCAGCGAGCAGCGCAUCCGAGCCGCCGUGGGGCGCAUCAAGCAGCACAAGGGCAAGGCCAACCAGGGCCGACUAGACGCCUUCUUCUCCGUCAUGCCCAAGGCAAACAACGGCGACAGCGCCGCGAAGUCUAAAGGAGGGGACAAGAAGGAGGACAACAAGCGGAAAGGCGCGCCGGGUGCCGCAGCUGCCAAGGGCGGGCCGGCCAAGAAGGGCAAGUUUGGCGUCGGCGGUGGCAAGAAGUGAACUCUCGCAGCAUGUGGUUUUAACGAGAGAAAGUGCCGUAACACGGCCUCGGCCGGGAGACGUAUGACUAGGGGUGUAAUUGAGUGGGUUGGGGUGUAGUUGGUAACUGUGAAGUUGGAUUGAAGUUUGGGCGGACGGGACGCAGGAAGGCCUGAGAAUUGCAGUUGCCUGGUUGCUGUAAGGGUUGGUGGUGGAGGAGGAAUGUCGCUUUGCUUAGCCGUCUCGCCUUUCUUCUGGAGGUUUCCGUAGGGUUGGCGUAGGGUAGGACUUUACGGUAAAUGUUUUGCGCCGCUGCCAUCGCAGCAUACACAGAGGUGGAAAGGGUAGAUAGGUUCGGUUGCUUGGAUGAAUGGGUAGUUGAAUAUAUGGCUCGUUACUGCGUUUUGCUUGUGUGCUUGUUGCUACGGCAGCUUCCGUGCCCUCUUGUUUUCCUUUACCUCUACCGACAGAUUCAUUGAUUUUAUGAGCACGCAGGACCUCAUCUCGAACGCAACUUAUUUGCAGGUGUAUGCCUAACACAUACUUACUCUGCCUCGACACACAAAAUAACUAUGACAUGUCUUUUCGUUGAGUUCAG